AUGCGCGACGUGCGGCGAACCCAUGCACCAGAGCCCGCCGAGAGUGGCGGCGUGGCCGUGCUGGCGCGCUGUGGGCCGGGACAGCUGCAGUGUCGCGGCGACGCCGAGUGUCUGGACGUGUUGUACCGCUGCGACGGCGUCGACCAGUGCGAGGACGGCUCGGACGAGAUCGGCUGCGCCGCUCCCGCCUCGCCUUGCGGCGCGGACGGCUUCUGGUGUCCGCACCGCGCCUUCUGCGUCGGCGCUGCCCAACUGUGCGACGGCGUCGACGACUGUGGCGACGGCGGCGACGAGGACUGCGACGUCACCGAGUGUGCACCCGGCGAGAUGAGGUGCGAGACGAUGUGCAUCGAGGCUGACUGGGUGUGCGACGGCACGUCCGACUGCGACGACGGGCGGGACGAGCGCAACUGUUCGGCGCCGGCGGCCUGUGCCAGUGACCAGUUCACCUGCCUGAACGGCCUCUGCCUGCCGGCCGAGGACCGCUGCGACGGCCACCAGGACUGCGACGCCGGCGAGGACGAGGUGGACUGCGAGCCCGGCUGCCCCAGUGGGCAGUUCCACUGUCCGGAGGGGCCCUGCCUGCCGCCGCAGCAGGUCUGCGACGGGUUCAGACAGUGUUCCUGGGGACAAGACGAGGACGGGUGCGCGUACCUGGCCGAGUGUCCGCCGACCGCGCGCUGUGAGCAGCUGUGCCUGGGCCUGCCCUCGGACGCCGAGCCCAACUGCACCUGCCGCUCCGGCUACGCCCUGCAGCCGGACCGCGUCAGCUGCGCUGACGUCGACGAGUGCGGCCUGUACCGACCCUGCAGCCACUUCUGCCACAACAGCGCCGGCAGCUUCAACUGUAGCUGCGCGGCCGGCUACCAGCUGCGGCCGGACGGCGUCACGUGCCGGGCUGGGCCGCCGCCCGCCUCCCUCAUGCUGGCCGCCAAACACACCAUCCAGCAGGUGACCCUGAACGGCGCCUUCUCGGCCACGGCCCACCGCGGUCUGGCCAACGCCGUAUAUGUGGACUACCACCUGAGCCGCGGCCUGCUCUUCUGGCUGGACACGGCGCAGAACGUCAUCUACCGCUCCCUCAUCACCGGCUCCCGACCGUGGGCGGUUACCCCGGCCGGCCUGUUCCGGCCGGCCGGCCUGGCCGUCGACUGGCUGCACGACCUGGUGUACUGGGCAGAGGAGCGACCCGGUGCGGUGGAGGUCAGCACACUGGACGGCGCCCACCGACACCGACUGCUUGCCGCCGACCUGGAGGCGCCGCGCGCCCUCUGUCUCCACCCGGAGCGGGCCUUCCUCUUCUGGGCCGACGUCGGCUCACCGGCGCGGAUCGAGCGCGUGAACGGCGACGGCAGUGGGCGGCGCCGGGUCGUCUCCGGCCAGCUGGCGUGGCCGAAUGCCCUGACGCUGGACCAGCCGACCGACACGCUGUACUGGGCCGACGCCAAGCUGAACACCAUCGGCUGCUGCCGCCUGGACGGCACUGGCCGGCGACAGGUGCUGGGUCACGGCGUACCCCAUCCGUUCAGUCUCACGCUGUUCGAGGACACCCUGUACUGGACCGACCUGAAAACACACGCCCUCCACGCGGCCGACAAGCGCCACGGCGAAAGCCUGCGCCAGCUGCGGGUCAGCCUGGAGCAUCCACUGGAUGUGCGCAGCGUACACCCACUGCGCCAGCCGGGCCGCUCGGAGCGCUGCGCCGACAACGGCCGCUGCUCGCACCUCUGCCUGCCGCGGCCCGACGGACGCCUCUGCGCCUGUCCCAGCGGCCUGCGCCUGCUCUCCACCAGUCGGACGACCUGCCAGUCGGGCCCGCCGGCCGGCCUUCUGCUGGCGCAGAACGGCAGCUUGCAGGAGGCGCCUCUAGACGGCGGCACGCCACACCCGGUACCGCUUGUGGCGGUGGGCCGGCCAACGGCGCUGGCCGCUGAUCGCGCCGGCGCGCUCUUCUGGGCCGACGGCGACUCGGGCAGUGUACAGCGCUCGCUCUGGAACGGCAGCCAGCACCGACUGGUGCUGGAUGCCGGCCUCGGAAACGUGACGUCGCUGGCGCUGGACUGGCUGGGCGGUCUGCUGUACUGGACGGACGCCAGCCUGCAGCGGCUGGAAGUGGCGCGCGCCGAUGGUCAGCUUCGCUCGCUGCUGCUGUCGGACGGCCUCGACAGUCCGGCGGCCCUCGUGGUCGACCCACCAGCCGGCCUGAUGUACUGGACGGACCUGGGCGCCCCUGAAGCGGCCGGUGGUCGGAUCGAGCGCGCCGCCAUGGACGGUUCGCGACGCUCGGUCGUCCUGGGCUCGGGGCUGGGCGCCCCCACCGGGCUGGCGCUAGACACCGACUCGCGCACCAUCUACUGGUGCGACGCCAAACUAGGGGCCGUGAGCGCCGCGCCGCUGCCGCCCGAGGUGGCGCAGAGCGGCUGUGGCCGCGACAACGGCGGCUGCUCGCACCUGUGCCUGCUGGCGCCGGCCGGCCGCGCCUCCUGCCGCUGCCCCACCGGCGUGCCGAUGUCAGAGGACGGCCGCUCCUGCGAGCGAGGGCCAAGACUGAGCCUGGUGUUCGCGCGCGGCCGUGAGGUGCGCCGGCUGGCGCUGACCGAUCCGCCGGGCGUCGACACCGUGCUGCCGCUGCCGCGCAACAUCGACGUCACGGCCAUCGCCUGGGACCAGCGCUCAGGUCGGCUGCUAUACUUUGACCGCGCCGGCGGCCGGCGCCGCAUCGUUAGCGCCGUGCUGGACGGCCUCAAGUCGCACCCGGUGGUGACGCACGAGCUGGGGCACGUCUCGGCUCUCGCCAUUGACAUGGUCGGCGGCAAGCUGUUCUGGACGGACAUGAGCCGCGCCAGUGUGGAGGUGGCCGAGCUGGACGGCCAGCGGCGCCAGCUGCUGGUGCACGCCGGUCUGCAGAUGCCCGGCGCGCUGGCCGUCUCGCACCGGCACGGCCUGCUCUUCUGGGCCGACUGGGGCAGCGAGCCGCGCCUCGAGCGCGCCGGCAUGGACGGCUCGCAGCGAUCGGUGGUGGUGACCGGUCGUCUGGGCCGGCCGAGCAGUAUUGUGGUGCACGCGCUCCUGGACACAAUCUACUGGUGCGACCACCAGCUGGGCGUCAUAGAGUGGGCCGGCCUGGACGGCUCGCGCCGCGCCACGAUCGCGUCCGGCCUGCGCCAGCCGUUCGGGCUGGCCGUGCACCGGGUGUACCUGUACUGGACCGAGGGCGGGUCGAGCGGCGCCGUACAGAGACGCCUCCUCAUGAGCAAGUUCUCGGCACCGGACACGCUGGCGCGCGGCCUGGACGGCCUCCGACACCUGCUGCUGGUGGAGCGUGACACGCCGCUGGCCCGGUAUGCCUGCGGCGACGAGAACGGCGGCUGCGCCGGGCUCUGUCUGCGCCGGCCGGGGGGCCAGACGUGCCGCUGCGGCACGGGGCUGGCGCCGACCGCCGACGGCACGUGUCCGGCCCGGCCGAGCCGUAUGCUGCUCUACCUAACGCUCAACAGCGUGGUGCAAGUGUCGCUGGACACGGACGAGCGCUGGGAGGUCACUAUGCCGGUGACGGGCGUUCACAACGCCGUCCGUCUGGACUUCGUGCACGCCGACAACGCAGUCGUAUUCACCGACCGGGGCCUCAACGAGAUCCGGUGGGCGGACCUGCGCACGCCGGCCGUCGCGGCGCCGCGCACACUGCUGAACGUGGCGGACGUGUGGCCGGAGGGCGUGGCCGUCGACUGGGCGGCGCGGCUGCUGUUCUUCAGCGAGGCGCGCGCACCAGCGCUGAUCGUGAUGGCGCUGAGCGGCUGCUGUCGGCGCCGGCUGGUCACGGGCGGCCUCUCGCAGCCGCGAGCGCUGGCCGUGCUGCCCGCCGCCGGUCUGCUGGUAUGGGCCGACCAGGGCGCACCGCCGCGGCUGGAGGCGGUCAGGCUGGACGGCAGUGGCCGGCACCGGCUCGUCACUGAGGGCAUCAGCGCGCCCACCGGCCUGGCCGCCGAGCAGGACAGGGUGUACUGGGCCGACUCCCAGCUGCACCGGAUCGAGUCCUGUGACCUGCAGGGCGGCGACCGGCGCGUACUGGUGGCGGGCGUCGCCCACCCGUUCGGCGUCACUGUGAUGGGCGACUGGCUGUACUGGACCGACUGGGAGACCAAGACGCUGGAGCAGGCCGGCAAGGCCGACGGCGGCCACAGGAGCGUCAUCAGAGGCGAGCUGGAGCGGGUCAUGAGCGUGGUGGCCGUGUCUGCCGAGCGCCAGAGCGGCUCGAGUCCGUGCGCCGCCGACAACGGCGGCUGCUCGCACCUCUGCCUGCACACGGGCGGUGGAGAGGUGACCUGUGCGUGCCCCGACGCGCCCGACGAGCGGCCCUGCCACACCAACCCGCACUCACAGGGCCGGUCGGUGGACUCCGGAUCACCCAGCGGCGUCACUACGGCGCUGCUGACGGCCGGCGGCCUGCUGCUGCUGCUGCUGGUCCUGCUCGUGCUGGGCCUCCUGUGCCGGGCCCGGCUGGCGCGGAACGCACCCGACCAGGAGGCCACCCUCACCUUCAGCAACCCCACGUACAACUCGUCUGCCUCCGACUUCAGCAACGAAAAACGCUUCUCCUGGCGCAAGGCUAAUUACAACAAGGCGCAGGAGGCGGGACCGGCCGGGCCGCCGGGCGGCGCCGGCGGCGGCGGCGCCGCCGGUCUGGAGGCGGCCGCGCUCAUCGACGCCGUCACACUGGACCACAACAGCUCGACGCCACUGGCCAGCUCUCCCGGCCUGCAGCACUAGACGCCUUCGGAGGCAGUGCAGCUGGUGAUAUGUGCGAGCUUGGUGCUGGAGGACGGCGUGCGGGCGGCCGGGGAGCGGUCGGUCACGCGGGCGUUAUUUUUGAUCGCGGAAUGUCAGAGACGCUGGCUUGUUAUGCGUUAGACGCAUGGGGGUUCUGGCAACCGUGGAAGUAAGUAGCUUUGCCAGGACCCGUCGGUAGCUCUCAUGACGAAUUAGGUAGAACUAUGGUUGCUGAAAUGACGUAGAAACAGGAUUGACUUCAGAAAAUGAGGUCCGGCUUACGAUUUUUCGUGGACACUAGCGGUCUUUUUCGGGAUCACUGUGUCCCACUCCCCGAAUUUGCAGAUCGUUUGAGCGUGAUUCAACAGGACGCAUUUACCCGUUUGAGGCCGACUGCAGUCGGCGCCACCUUCCGCCUCCGCUCGCGCCGUCCGCCGGCGCCCAACCCCCGGGCCCCAGGCCCUGGGGCUUCGGCGGCAGCC